GAACGAAAUAUUAAUUUUGGGAUUCAGUCUUCUUAGAGAUCUCUGAUUCUGAGCAAUAAUGAAGCUACUUGCAGUUGUCGCACUUUUGGUUGUCUCAACCCAUUCAAGCCCUUUGGGCAUGGGUUUCAUGGGACCGCGUAUACCAUUCGACACCAUGACUGACAGAUUCGUGACCAAUCCAGAAUUGAUGGGAAUGGACACUAUGAUGCCUUACAGGGACUUCAAACAAAAAGCUCACGAUCUGACUGAAAAAGUGAAACAAGACGAGAUACAAGACACUCUUCUGAAUAUGAAACAAAGCAUGGGAGGCAUGGGAAUGACCAUUAUGGGAGGCCAAGACAUCGGAAUAGCUAAACGAAUGGCCGAGGAACUAACUGGCAAAGCUGUGGAUGCUGAGAAGGUCCAAUUGGAAGAAUCCAUGCAACAAAUUCAGAAAGACGUUGUUACAAACGAACGUGGAAUCUUGGUGGAACCUCAAAUUAUAAAGCAAGUAGCCAUCACUGAUCUACAAAAAGGCCUGAUGCAGCAAGAUAACGACUUCAUUUUGAGUACCAAAGAGCUGGAAGAUACCUUAGAAGUAGGACUGAAAGCCCAGAUGGUUAUUGAAGGCGUCCAAAAGAACGAGAUGAUGUUGAAGAACCCCAUAGCCUUCCCUAUGGCCCAAAAAAUGUCCAUGGACUUCCAAAUCCAGAUUCAAAAGCUCAUUGAAGAGAACAACAUGGAAAGAACCAAAGCAGCUAUAACCCAAAGGGAAUUUGAACUCAAACAGCUUCAAUCUCAACUCAAGUUCCUUGACUUCCAAAUGAAACAACUCAAAGUCCAAAAAACUCUGAUGAUGACUACUGAAGUGACCGGACAAGAUUUGGUGAUAGUCGAACAGCAACUCAUCUUCCAAAUGAAGAAACUGAUGAUGGAGGAAUUGGCUCUUCAAACGGUGAUCAAGGAGCUUCAGCAAGUGUUGAUGAGCCAGCAGAAAGAAAUCAUGUUCGCUCAGCUUAAAGAGAGUGGUUUGGUGAUGCGUCCUGACAUGAUGAUGAUGCGUCCUGAUAUGAUGAUGAGAAUGAUGAACAUGAGGGAUGUGCCAAUGACAAUGAGGGUUUAAAACUAUAAUUAUGAUAAAACUAUUUUUCUUAUUUAGAAAUUGUAGUUUCCUAAGUGGUUUUAGCAAUUGAUUAUGUUAGUUACAUUGUUUUUGUUCUGUGUUUUGAUGUAGUCAGUUUUUAAUACCAUUGAUUUCAUGGCAGUAAUAAAAAUAUAUAUAUUAACUGAUA